AUGGAAUCGGGGGUCCCAACUCCGAAACCGCCAAAAUCACAUCCUCCUCCUUCGUUCAUGGAGCAAUUGGACGACAAUGCCGCUAAAGAUAUGGAGAAGUUGUACUUGAAAGAGAAGGAUCAAGGCGAUGUCGACGGCGCACAAAACCCAUGUUCGGACAAACAUAUUGCGUUGUCUCCACUCUCCUCUGCACCAAUCUGUACCCAAGGGGCUUGUGAGCAUUUAAUAGUAGGCCGAUUUUAUGAAAUCAAUCAUUCCAAGCUUCCACUUAAAUGCCCAGAUCAUUUAAGGUCUGUCCGUGUUGUCAUGCUCAGUGAUAUGGGAAAGCUUCAAGUGUCAGUUAGGUACCCAAGCAUGCAGUCUCUACGCGUACAGUUCAACGAUGCGGACGAUGGGAAACCAGGCAAAAAAAAGAUCCCUGCGCUUGACGAGAAGUAUAUGAUGGAAUCAGGAUUUGCUAGUAAUGCGCUAUACAGGAGAGUCUCGACGGAGGAGUUAGCCGAAAGAGGAAACUCGUGGAGUUUCUGGAUUACAACCUCUGAAGAAAAUCAAACGAGCAAAAGCCCUUUGUUCAUUGAUGAGGAAAUGGAUCCGGUUUCCAAGAAGGGUUCGUGUUGGUCUCAGCUCAAGUAUUCUGGGAUGAUGCAGUGGGGUAAGCGUCGAUCAGUUCGAUUCUUAGGCCAGCAUAAGAAGAAAAGUUCAGAAUCUUUAUCAGGAUCUGGGAAUGACCCUGGGUUUGAUGUAAAAGAACAAAAUGAAAGAGAGCAAAUGACUGGUAGAAAGAGAAAGAAAUGUGAAGAAAACGAGCUUACAAAGGAAGUGUCAAGUGAAAUCAGGACGACUCGUAAAAGUGAGAGAAAUCAAAAUCAAUGUAGUGAGCUUCAGAGAUUGAAGAAAGCACAGCAUGGUAGGCAGAAUCAACUGGUAGUAUACAACAAAAAGAAGCAUAAAAUUUCAAUUGACAGAUGGUCUGCCGAGAGGUAUAAGUUAGCAGAGGAGAACAUGCUGAAGGUGAUGAAAGCUAAAGGAGCAGUUUUUGAAAAACCAAUAUUGAGGCCAGCCUUGAGAUCAGAGGCUCGAAAGCUGAUAGGUGAUACGGGUUUAUUGGAUCAUUUGCUAAAGCACAUGGCAGGAAAAGUGGCUCCUGGCGGAACUGAGAGAUUUCGACGGCGACACAAUGCUGAGGGAGCGAUGGAAUAUUGGUUGGAGAGUGCUGAUUUGGUUAAAAUUAGACAGGAAGCAGGGGUUCAAGAUCCCUAUUGGACUCCACCCCCUGGAUGGAAACUUGGGGACAACCCUUCCCAGGAUCCCAUUUGUGCAAGAGAACUUCGCGAGAUAAAAGAAGAAAUGUCUAAACUGAAACGUGAGAUGCAACAAUUGGUAUCCAAGAAGAGCGAGGAAGAAUUGGCUAUUGUGACUACAGCGAAUUCUUGUUUGUCAAAUAAUAUCAAUUUGGAAAAAGGUGGUUCCUUGGUUACAGUGCAGGAGAUAUAUAAAGAGUUGGUGAAUAAGAAAUCUAAAAUUGAAGAACAACUAAAGGAUAUUUCCAUAACUUUGAGCGAUAUGGAGGAACAGAUAGUGAUGUUAAAGUCAAGAGAGGAGCCAAAAUCCAAAUCAGCGAUACCCCCAACAUUAUUGCCAACACCAACAAAAGUACUAGUUGCAGUGGAAAAUUGGGGAGAGACAAAAGAGCAAGAAGGACAUAAAAAUAGUGAAAUCAAAGCAACAGCAGGUGAAGUAGAAAGACCAAGUGAGGACAUACAAAGGAUUGCAGAAAGUAGGUGGGCAGCUACCGAAGACAGGGCAGCAAAAAUUGAAAGGCUGAAAAGUGGAUUUCAAAUUUGCAAGCCUCAGGGGACCUUCAUAUGGCCAAAGAUGGCCAUCAUGUCUCCACAAGAUGUGGUCCAGCUCGAUGAUCAUAUGGGGGUCCCAACUCCAUCCUCUGCUUCCUCUUCUUCCUUCCCUGAGCCACCUCCAUGGUCUAAGCCAUCCUCCUUUUUCAAGCCAUUGGCAGAGAGACGCCCGAUCAGCGCUACCACUUUAACCCAUGUCACCAUGUCCGUCCCUCCUCUUCUUUCGCCACCAUUGGCAACCUCACCUUCCCAAAAAACUGCCUCUUACAAUCCCCCUCUCAUCAACCUCAACGAGGUCCCUCCCAAAUAUGACCCUUCCUCUUGUGGCACUCCCCCUUAUUAA